AUGACCACCAGCAUCACAGAGAUACUUUUUCCUUCUUUGGAUCCAGAGAUUAAUUUAAAGUUCGCUUGCUACCUCAAGGUUCUACGACUACUGUUUGACCAGAUAUCCUCUAUGCCAAACUCCUUUGUUUCCAAGCGACAAAUCUACUAUCGCGACGUGACUCUGUUUAAAAAACAGGCCGUAAUUAACCAGUGUAUUGAUGAUAUCGCCAGCUCCUUUGGAGUCUCUACAGAGACCUUGGGAGUAGUGGCAGCACAGAAGGGAUUGAUUUAUGCAAAUCUGCAAUAUUACUACAAAGACAAAUUUGUCAGUCUUGAGAAAAAAGAGGGCAUCACGCUCUUGCCGCUCAUCUCUCUCGAGUCUCGCCACGAUGACUUUCGUUUUGUAUCCUCCUGUCCCGAAGAGAUCAUCAUUGUGGAGAAGGAGUCGGUCUUUUCUAAGUUAUGCAAGGAGCACGCUCACGAAAAUAAGAUACUUAUCACUGCCAAAGGUUUCCCCGACAGACUGACAAAGAGGUUUCUAUACCAUUUGACACAGCAUUAUCCAGAGGCAAAAGUUGUGGCCCUAGUCGACAGCGAUGUCUACGGAUUGAUGAUAUUGAAGGAAUACAAAUACACCGCCGCAAUCAAGAUCACUGAGUUCCCGAAGUUGCCAAUCACAGUCAAGAACGAGUUUGCUAGAAAAACCACCUCAAGGCUAGAUGAAGUAGGUUACAUGCAUCCGUGCUGGUACGUAUCUCCAUGUUCGAGGUUACAGUAUGGUGGAACGUUUCUUUUUGACAGCGCCAAUCGGCUCGGGCAUUUAGAUAUCACCUACAGGGACUUUAACAAUAUGAAAUCUUUUUUACGGACGCUUCUCGAAUUCGAAGAUGUAUCGUCCGAUAACGAAAUGAAAAAAGUGGUGAGAGAGCUUCAGAUCGGGAUGUUUUUUUUUAAGAAAAGGGAAAUGGAUUAG